AUGAAAAUGUGGUUGCUGGUUAGUCCUCUUGUGGUAGUAUCUUUUACAACCUGCAUGGCAGAGUUUACCUGGCACAGAAGGUAUGGUCAUGGAGUUUCUGAGGAAGACAAAGGAUUUGGACCGAUUUUUGAAGAGCAGCCGAUCAAUACUAUUUAUCCAGAGGAGUCGCUGGAAGGGAAAGUGUCUCUGAACUGCCGGGCGCGCGCCAGCCCCUUCCCUGUGUACAAGUGGAGGAUGAAUAAUGGCGACGUAGAUCUGACGAGUGACCGCUACAGCAUGGUAGGGGGAAACCUGGUCAUCAACAACCCUGACAAGCAGAAGGAUGCCGGCGUUUACUACUGCUUGGCGUCCAACAACUAUGGCAUGGUCAGGAGCACCGAGGCCACCCUGAGCUUUGGCUAUCUGGAUCCUUUCCCGCCUGAGGAACGCCCGGAAGUCCGAGUGAAAGAAGGAAAGGGGAUGGUGCUGCUGUGUGACCCUCCGUACCAUUUCCCAGAUGAUCUUAGCUACCGCUGGCUUCUAAACGAAUUUCCUGUAUUUAUCACAAUGGAUAAGCGAAGGUUUGUGUCCCAGACCAAUGGGAAUCUCUACAUCGCCAACGUUGAGCCUUCCGACAAGGGCAAUUACUCCUGUUUUGUGUCCAGUCCUUCCAUUACCAAGAGUGUGUUCAGCAAAUUCAUCCCCCUCAUCCCCACGCCUGAACGAACGACAAAGCCAUAUCCUGCUGACAUCGUAGUUCAGUUUAAGGACGUAUAUGCACUGAUGGGCCAAAAUGUGACUUUAGAGUGUUUUGCACUUGGAAAUCCUGUUCCUGAUAUCCGGUGGCGGAAGGUUCUGGAACCAAUGCCAAGCACAGCUGAGAUCAGCACCUCUGGUGCUGUCCUCAAGAUCAUCAACAUCCAGCUGGAGGACGAAGGGCUGUACGAAUGCGAGGCUGAGAACAUCAAGGGGAAGGACAAACACCAGGCCAAGGUCUAUGUCCAAGCGUUUCCCGAGUGGGUGGAGCACAUCAACGACACGGAGGUGGACAUAGGCAGCGACCUCUACUGGCCCUGCGUGGCCACGGGAAAGCCCAUCCCCACAAUCCGGUGGCUCAAAAAUGGAUAUGCGUAUCACAGAGGGGAGCUGAGGCUGUACGACGUGACCUUUGAGAACGCCGGGAUGUACCAGUGCAUAGCUGAGAACACACAUGGGGCCAUCUACGCCAACGCUGAGCUGAAGAUCUUGGCCUUGGCGCCCACAUUUGAGAUGAAUCCUAUGAAGAAGAAGAUCCUGGCUGCCAAGGGAGGGAGGGUUAUCAUCGAAUGCAAACCCAAAGCCGCGCCCAAGCCCAAGUUCUCCUGGAGCAAAGGGACCGAGUGGCUCGUCAACAGCAGCAGAAUCCUCAUCUGGGAAGACGGCAGCUUGGAAAUCAGUAACAUCACGAAGAACGACGCCGGCGUCUACACCUGCUUCGCCGAGAACAACAGGGGCAAGGCGAACAGCACGGGGACCCUGGUCAUCACGGAUCCCACACGGAUUAUUUUGGCCCCGCUGAACGCUGACGUCACGGUGGGCGAGAACGCCACGAUGCAGUGCGCGGCUUCCUUCGACCACACCCUGGACCUCACGUUCGUCUGGUCCUUCAACGGCUACGUGAUUGAUUUCAACAGAGAGAACAUCCACUACCAGCGGAACUUCAUGCUGGAUAACAACGGGGAGCUGCUCAUCCGGAACGCGCAGCUGAAGCAUGCCGGGAGGUACACGUGCACGGCCCAGACCAUCGUGGACAACUCCUCAGCGUCCGCGGACCUCGUGGUGCGAGGUCCCCCAGGCCCCCCAGGUGGUCUGCGGAUAGAAGACGUCCGAGCCACGUCUGUGUCUCUUACUUGGAGCCGUGGCUCUGACAACCACAGUCCCAUCUCCAAGUACACCAUCCAGACCAGGACUCAGCUCUCUGAUGACUGGAAAGAUGCGAAGACAGAUCCCCCAAUUAUUGAAGGAAAUAUGGAGGCGGCCAAAGCAGUGGAUUUAAUUCCUUGGAUGGAGUACGAAUUCCGAGUAGUGGCAACGAACACCUUAGGAAGGGGAGAACCCAGUAUACCGUCAAACAAAAUCAAAACAGACGGUGCCGCACCGAACGUGGCUCCUUCUGAUGUUGGAGGUGGGGGAGGAAGCAACAGAGAGCUCACCAUAACAUGGGCGCCUUUGUCAAGAGAAUACCACUAUGGCAACAAUUUUGGUUACAUAGUCGCGUUUAAGCCUUUUGAUGGAGAGGAGUGGAAAAAGGUGACCGUCACAAAUCCAGACACUGGACGCUACGUCCACAAAGAUGAAAGCAUGAGCCCUGCCACUGCGUUUCAAGUCAAAGUGAAGGCUUUCAACAGCAAAGGAGACGGACCCUACAGCCUCAUCGCAGUCAUUAACUCCGCACAGGACGCUCCCAGUGAGGCCCCGACGGAAGUAGGUGUGAAAGUCUUGUCAUCUUCUGAGAUAUCUGUGCACUGGAAGCAUGUUCUAGAAAAAAUAGUGGAAAAUUAUCAGAUUCGCUACUGGGCCGCUCAUGAUAAGGAAGCAGCCGCGCACAGGGUCCAGGUCACCAGCCAGGAGUACUCGGCCAGGCUGGAGAACCUCCUGCCAGACACCCAGUACUUUGUGGAAGUUGGGGCUUGCAACAGUGCUGGCUGUGGGCCCUCCAGUGAUGUGAUUGAAACCUUCACCAGGAAAGCACCUCCCAGCCGGCCCCCGAGAAUCAUCAGCUCUGUGCGCUCUGGCUCCCGUUACAUCAUCACCUGGGACCACGUUGUCGCCCUGUCCAACGAAUCUACGGUGACAGGAUACAAGGUUCUCUACCGGCCUGACGGGCAGCAUGAUGGCAAGCUGUACUCCACCCAUAGGCACUCCAUUGAAGUUCCCGUCCCCAAGGGCGGGGAGUACGUGGUCGAGGUCCGAGCGCACAGCGAUGGAGGAGACGGAGUUGUGUCUCAAGUCAAAAUUUCAGGUGCGUCUGCCCUGUCGUCAGGUCUCCUGGGACUCCUGCUGCCUGCCCUGGGCGUCCUCGUCUUCUUGGAAUUCUGAGUGUGGUGUCACAGCUGCUAUUCCCACCCCCAGCUCUGAGGACACCUUUCACCCCCCGGGAUGGCGACAGUCCCUUGCAAUCCCCGCGGCUCCAUCCUAAACCAAAUGAAUUACACUUUAACAGACUCUCCAGCUGAUUUACAACACACAUGAUGACCGAGGCAUUCAGGAACCCCUGCGUCCAAAAGAAUAAACUUUUAAAUGGGUACAAAAUAAUUUUUAACUCGUUCCAAUAUGCCUUAUACACCACUUAACCUGAUUCUAUGGACGCUGCAUGACAUACUGCAGUGGAACAAGUUACAGUGUUCAGUUUAAUACUGUAGGCUGUGAAGUGAAAAGAAAAUCGCCAUGUUCAGGUGCUUUAAAUUCAAUAACCAGUUGUGAUAUAGACUAGAGGUUGAAACGUUGAUUGUAUGUGGUACAUGUAAGGCUGACUGUCUGUUUUGGGUCCUGCAUACUUUAAAUGGCCCCUACCAUUCACAACAUGUUUAGUUUUCCU